AUUAUUAUCUUGCAUUUUCAUUCUCUUUAAUAACAAUAGUAAUAAUCAACUCAUUUUUUUUCUAUCAAAGACGAAGUAGAAGAAGUAGAACAAACAAAUCAUUAAAUAUAACCUUUUUGUUUGGUCCAUGAUGAAGCCUUUUACCUUCCUCUUGGCCCUUGCUUGGCUAUCAAGUGUCCAUGGAUACUUUUACGUUCCAAACUUCAUGGCAUCCUUACCCUUCAAGGGAGGCAUGUCAUACGCUCAGGUUAACAGUUCGAUUGUCAUGUUCGGCGGUGAGAAUGCCACCACCAGCUUCACCAACAACCUCUAUCAGCUCACCCAAACAGAAACCUCGUUCACCUGGAACACCUUACCUCAGCAGAACCCACCCGAGGGCUCUGUCUAUGGCCAGAGUGUCGUAUCUUCAACAGGAACAAGUUUGCUCCAGCUGGGCGGCAUCACCCAAUCCGCGGUCGCAUAUCUCUCGCUCAACACCACCGUACCAAUGCCACUCCAGUUGCACAUGUACUCAUUUGCAACCGGUGCCUGGUCCUCACCAAACAUCACCGGCGCUCCCGUCAACCGCAAUCGCUUCAGUGCAACAAUCGACUCUUCUAACAAGAUCUACAUCUACGGUGGUGCUCUCAUCCAGGGCACCGUCCUGUCUGAUCUAUGGGUCUUGGAUGCAAAUGCCGGAACCUAUACACAGCUCCAACCAACCGAUGUUGGUCACUAUGGUCACACCACAUCUAUCUUGAGUGAUGGUCGUCUUGUUGUACUUGGUGGUGUUAGCCCAACUCUUGUCAAUGGCCAGGCUGUUCUCAAACUGGCUCCUAUGAACAUGGCCUAUGUCUAUGAUCCCAAGGCCGCAACAUGGACCAAGCAGCAGCUCAAUCCUUAUGGUGCAAACUACCCCACCACUCGAUCUGGUCACACAGCAUCAGUUACCAGCGAUGGAAAGAUCAUUUUGUUUGGUGGUGACAAUGGUGGAACCCCUCGCUCAAAGCUUUAUUUGAACAACGUCGCUACCUUGGACACCAACACCUGGACUUGGUCAUUCCCAGAACCAGCCGGCAUUCCCCCAUCCCGUCGCACAAACUGCAUUGGUGCCAUUCUUGACGGCAAGCACUUGACAGUUGCAUUCGGCGAGGCUCUCAACAGCUACUACAACGAUAUCAAUGUGAUGAGCAUCGACGACUCCGCAUGGCUCCAGAGCUUUGGAGCUGUCCAGAAAUCCUCCAAGUCUGGCAUCUCAACCGGUGUUAUUGUCGGUGUGACAAUUGCAGCCGUUGCCCUGGUAGCCAUUAUUCUCUUCUUGCUCUGGCGCUUCAAGUCAUAUGUCAUCUGGCUCGCCAAACGUAUCCACGCUGAUAUCUGGAAGCCCCGUAGCGGUGAACCUGUCUGGGCCGAGACAACCCGCAUCAUCUUCCAGGUCUUCUUCUUGUUCUUGUUCGUCAUGUUCCUCGUCUUUGUUAUUAAGCAGGCCGUUGACAGUCCCAAUGUAACCCAGCGCAUCGAAGUUGCCUCGGCCGAAGUCGAGACACCUGAUGUCCGAUUCUGCUUUGACGGCUAUCCUACAUACCCCAUUGCCAGCGACACUAGAAACCCUGGCGUGGUCUGCCAGACCAACACCGGAUACUCCUGCUCAAGCUACAUCCAACCGCUCAACAUGAGUGUAUUCGAACCCACCUUUGCAGACAAGCUUGGUGCCGUAUCGUGCUACCUCUUCCGCAGCGACCCUUCGUUCAAGAUGAGCGCAACCUCGGGCGACAACAACGGCUCCCACUUGAUCUUCAGUUUCUUUGGCGACAACACGAUCACCAGUGGCCGUGUCCACGUCUCGAUUUUCCCCAAGUCUAUGGAUCCCAACGUCAAGGUUUACGGCAUCAACGACGAAGUUCCUGUCCUCAUCUCGGACCAGGAUGUGCUCAACUGGCAAAACGCCGAACGCAACGAUCUCCAGGCCACGAACGUCUAUACCAUCGAACCCUUCUCGUACAGCGCCAUGAGCUACGACAUCAUCGACCACCGCUACAUGCAGCCCGUCGGAUGGAACUACGUUGGAUUCUUGCCGAUCUACAACCAUACCUCUGAAGUCGACAGUAACUUCCGCCAAGAGGCACCCAACCCCAACUACGUAGCCCUGGGCCACAGCGACAUUGGACUUAUUGCCGUCAUCCCCAACACCUGGGCCUCUUUGACUGACCGUGAAGUGAAGAUGUACACACUCGUCAAUGCACUUGGCUUUGUCGGUGGUAUCUUUGGUCUGCUGGUUGCCGCCCAGACCUGGAUGUUUGGUUUCCGCCCCCGGUCACCCUGGGGUGUUGUGCACCGAUGGUCUGUGGGAGACAUGCGCCGAUCGCUGUUGCGUGGUCUACAGUCCAAGUUCAAGACCACCGAUGCCGGCAUUCCUCUUAUUCACCCAGUCCACAAGCGCUUCAGUGUCAACAACUUACAAGACCUCGGAGGCGAGUCGGAGGAGCAGCGUAUCGAACGUGUUGAGGAGCGUAUGCAGACCCUCGAGAUGCUGUUCAAGGCCUACUAUGUUGAUGAUGAAGUCUUCCGUUCGCUCGACAAUGCUAACCACGCCAGCAAGGACGGAUACCUUAACAACCCUAGAUCAGGACCAGGUGGACCAGGAGCAAGAGGUGUACCAACUGCAAUCAGCCAAGACAACCAUCAUGCCAUGUUCCCAGAAACCGAAAAGGUCGAUGGACCUGGCGGUGGAUACAACAAGCCUGGUUUCUCACACAUGUUCAACAACCGCCAGAGCGUGGUUAGCUUGAGCAGCGAUUCCAACUCACAGCGUCACUUGAACCCACGCCCAGACAAUGUUCCUUUGAACGAUAUGUAAAACCAUAAAAAAAAAACCAAAUAACAAAAAUUCCCCCUCCCCUUCUUCAUCAAUCAAUACUUAUAAUUAAAUAAUAAUAAUAAUCAUAUCAAAAAAAA